AUGGGGGGGUCUGGGAGUGCUCGUACGGCGGGUGGUGGGGAGGUUGUGGUGGGUGGAGAGGGGUGGAGGGAGGCGGAGUUUCGUUGGGAGGCUGAGCAGGGGUUGGCGGAGUUGCCAUUGGACGAUGCGUUUCGGCUGUUCGACAUGGUGUUUGGGCGGUCCCCGCCUGCUGCUACCCUCUCGCAGUGGUCGCGACAGGGAUUCCGGUUCAGUGACGACCCGGCGACCUCGCUAGGCCUGGUGCAGCGGGAGGGGGGGCCGUGCGGGGUGCUGGCGCCAGUGCAGGCGCUGCUGCUCAAAUACCUCCUCUUCCCCCCCAUGCCCGCGCACCCCGUGGAUUCCUCCCCGCCUUCCGCGUCCGCCGCCCUUGCUGCUGGUGGUGCUGCUUCUGGGGGGGCGAGCGCUGGGCAGCAGGGGGGCAAGGCGGGGGAGGAAAGGAAGGGGGAUGUGGGAGGAUGGGAAGAGGAUGAUAUGAGGUUUUAUGACUCGAUGCCAGGCCUGGAUGUGCAAGGGAGAGUGUAUCAUAGAGCUGCUGCUUCUGCUUCUGCUGCUGCUGCUACUGGUUCUGCUGGUGCUACAGGUGGUGCAGGUGGUGCUGCUACUGGUGGUGGUGCGGUUGGGAUUGUUCCUGGUGCUGCCUCUGGUAUGGCUGCUGUGGCGGCAGGAGAGGGAGAGGGGGAGGGUUCAGGCGACUCUGCUGCGCUGCCAGGCUUGGAAGCUGUGAGGGACGGAGACGGGGAGGGGGGAGAAGAAGGCGAGGGAGGAGAGGCCGCUCUGAUUUUCUCACAGGUUGAGAGACGAAGGGCACUGGUGUUGGCAAUGGCAGAGUCGUUAUGGGUGCCAAGCAGAGGGCAGAGAGUUGUCAUUGCUGCCGUAUCACCACACAGGCUGGCUGCUUUGGCUACUUCAGCCUCUCAACAACCACUGACCAGCCCAAUUAGCGAUGCGAAAGCACUUCAAGGAGCAGUCAGAGUGCGACACCUGGCGGGGGCGUCGCAUGCUGACGUGGCGAAGGCGCUUCACCGGCUGUUUCCAGUCUUUGAGAGCGACUUUGGCGCACUGCUGCUACUCUUCUCAGCGCUGCUCUCCAGAGGACUUGAGCGAGUUCAAGAGGACAGGGACGACCCAGAGCCACCGCUUGUCACACGCCCGUUCGGCCAUGCCUCACAGGAGAUUGUGAACCUGCUGCUGUGUGGUGAGGCAGUGGCGAACGUAUUUGAUGGUACCAUGGACUUGGGAGGAGGCAUGGCGCUUAAAGGCAUUCCCUCAGAGGCCCAGGUGGGCUUCCUCACACUCCUGGAGUCCCUCAACCUCUGCAAGGUCGGGCAGCGACUAAAACAUCCCAAGCUGCCCAUCUGGGUGGUGGGCAGCGAAUCGCACUACACCGUGCUCUUUGCGCUUUCGACUGAAGUACAGGAGGAGAAUGAUGCGGAAGCAGAGGAGUCGCGGGUCAGAGAGGUGUUUGACCGCUUUGAUACCAGCGGGGGAGGGGGGUUUGUUGCUGUGGAGUCACUUCAACCAAUGCUGGCUGAGCUGAGGGUAAAUUUCCCUCCGGAAACAAUAGACUCGCUUUCGGCGUUGGGGGUAAUUGUGUGGAACGAGCUGUGGCAGGCUCUGCUGAAGCUGGACCGAUCCCAGGGAGGGUUCAAGAGAGAGGGGUCGAGUGGGGGACGACCUGCCAGCAGGAAGUUUGACUUGUAUCACUUCAAUGGGAUUGCAAAGCGCGUGCAGACAGGAAGCAGCACUGCAGCAGCAGCAGCAGAAGUUUCUGGGGGAAAUGGAGCAGGGGACAUGUCGUAUGGAGGUUUGGAUGUGCCACAGCGUGUGCUAUCACCGCCGUUGACUGCAAUGGAUCAACGGCCGAGAUUAGUCCGGCUCCAUGUGACCGUGCCGCCCAAAUGGUCCCCGGAGGAUCUGAUGAUGAUACCAAGGCCGGAGGGCAGCGGGGCGGAUGAUAUUCCUCCCGAGGUGGUGGCAGACUCGUUUGACUCGAGUGUGAAUCUGAUGCAGCGUGCCUCGCGUGAAGCUCCCCUCGUGGAUUGUAUCCGCACUCGGUGGCAGCGAGCGUCAUGCACAUGGGUAGGGGACGCACCAUCUAUUGUGUAG